CAUUUUCGCUGAAUACUACUGGAAGGUCAGUGACACUUCGUAAUGACGCCUCUUUCGCUUCUGGACUGUCCCAAAGAGGUUCAACUCAGCAUUGCUGAACUUCUUCUUCAAGCCGACGUGGCCAAUCUCUCCUUGUCGUGUCGAGGCAUGCACAGCCUUACCGAGCCACUCGUUUACUCCACCAUCCAGAUCAUAUGGACGAGGCAGUAUUAUCCACCCAUCCCAAAAGCGCUGCUGUUACUCCGAACUUUGCUGGAAAGACCAGAUCUACGGAACCAUGUUCGUUCUAUCGAGUUCGGUGGUAAUGGAUUCAUUGACUAUGAUGAUCCUCCAUGGCCUGGUGAAACGCCAGAACCGCCUGAGGUGCCGAAUCUUCCCCUCGAUGAACUCAAUGCAGCGAUCAGAAGGACUGGGGUGUCUGAGUCCAGCGCAAAUGAAUGGACGUCUAAAGUACUAUACUCCGAUAGCCACAGGUACUUACACUUUGGAGAAGAGCUCCAGCUGGGUAUUAUCCAGAAAACUCAAUCCGCAACUUCCGAUGCCACCGCAGCUGUCAUCGUUUCUCUGCUAAAGAAAUUGGAGAGACUUACUGUCUCCGAGAAUUGGUACAAUGAGGCGCGACUCUUGGGUCUUAUGUUUCAGCUGGCACUCUGCAGGACAAACCAACACUCUACUCAAAGCUCCCAGCCCACCUUUAGAUUUCUGAAUUAUGUUUCACUCGACCCAAUGCUACACGAGGACACAAAUACGGAACCCGACAAGGUCGACCAAGAUCUUUGUUUGUUCUACUUGCCUUGUAUCCAGCAUCUCUCCACCUCAAUCCAGAAUCCCACGCCAUUCUCGUGGCCCUGCGCUUCAGCCCCGAACCCAGUGUCCUUGACCUCAUUAGACAUUUUCAGACUCCGAGAAACACGCCUCGCUCCAGUUUUAUCUGCAACAAAAAACCUUAGGAAGCUGAAGUACAAUUGGUUCUACCGACCUGACCUUGAUGAAGAGGUUAACACUUCUACGCUAAUGCUGGAUGAAUUGGCAAUGGCGCUCCUCGAGGUCAAAAAUUCGCUAGAGGAUCUAGAAAUCACUGCCGAGACAUGUCCCGCGUAUACAAUGGGAGAUUAUGAUCCACCUGAUUUUACAUUUCAUGAGUCGUUGGCAGAGAUGAAAAGCAUGCGCAGGCUUAAGACUUUAAAUGUUCCUUGGUCAUUUCUGACCGGCAUGACUGAUUUUUCUGCCACUGGACGUCUUGGAAAUGCGCUGCCCCAAAAUCUGGAGUACCUCAUACUAAGCCGCUUUCGUCUACGACCUGCACCGUAUAAUGAUCGAGAUGGAGUCAUGAUUUCCGCUUUCGAGAGGGAACUGGAAACUGGUAGUUUAUCGCAUCUGACUCAAUUGAAGAGCGUCAAGCUACCGCCGUCUUUCGUCAGUCGUGGGAUGUCAGAUGCAUGCGAGGAAAGGAUUGCAGCACUUGGGAAGAAGUUUGACUUGAAGCUGGAAAGCCAGAAGAGGGACUUGAGUAAGAUUAUAUAGAUCAUUUGUAUUCUGCUUUCUCGAACAAAGAGUCUUUUCCAGAUCAUGAAGAGCGAGCAUUGG